AUGAAAAGUUUUUUGUUUAAAAAUAUUAAUAAAUAUGAUCAAGAAUAUAAAAACAAAUAUAAAUAUCUUGAUAUAGGGAAUGAAUGUUAUAAAAAUAAACGCCUAUUUUUACACUUACGUAAUAAUAUUUCUAUAUACACAAAAAAAAUAAAAGUAGAAAUAGGUAAUGUCCAUAAAAGUAAAGUAUUUUAUAAUACUUAUCAUAAUAACCUUUGUAGAAGUAAAAACAUAAUUAAAGUAGAUCAUAUUUAUAAUAAUAAAAGAGUAUUGUUCUCAUUAUAUAAUAAAUUAUAUAAUAGAAAUAUAACAAAAGAUAUUAGAGGGUGUAAAAAAAGUGAGCACAUUAAGAGAAAAAAUAUUUUGUUAUUAAAAGGUAAGGAUAGAGAGAAAAGGAAAUUAAAUUUGGUAUAUUACGAAUUGAAGGGAAAUAUAACAAAGCCAUGUAAUUGUGCUAUUAAUAAUAAAGAUAAGUAUAUGUGUAAAUAUAAGUGUGAUAAUAAGUGUAAGUAUAUGAAUAAUAUUAAUAUUAAUAUUAAUAAUUACUAUAUAAAUUCAAAUAAUAUUCAAUAUAAUAAAUGUGCUGAGAAAAAUAUUUUUAGUGUUAAUAUAAACAAACACUAUAUUAAAAAUUAUUACCACAUAUUUUAUUACAAUCCAUAUAAAAUGAGAACAAUGCUAUUUAGUAAUUUUGCUCAAGCAGCUAUUUCAUUAAAAAAAGAAAAAUGUAUAAAAUUUUCUAAACUGAACUUAAGUGAUUUGUUAAUAUUUAUAAAUAAGAAUUUAUUAGAAGAUGAUGUUAGUAUAAAGACUUGGAAUAAUUUAUUUGUUCAAUUAGAUAAACUGAUAUCUAAAAAGACAAAGAAUGAAGAACAGAAAGUAGAAAUCUCUACAUUUUUUGAUGGUCUAACGAAUUAUGAAUGUUAUGUACUUAUAGAUAAUCUUAAAGAUAUUGAAGAGGGUGUAAAAAAUAAUAUUUGUGAUAGUAUAUUUUUUGAAUGUUUUGUUAACAGUUUGAAGAAUAGGGAUAUUACUUUUUGGUAUGAGAGGAAGGGACUUGAAAAUAAAAAAAAAUUAGAAAAGUGUAAUAAUAAUAUAAAGAAUGAUCAUGGUUAUGAUGAUACAAAUGUUAUGAUAAAGAAUGAGAAUAUAGAAAAUAAAAGAAACGAAAGUAAAAUAAAAUCAUAUAUAAAGAAAAAUAUAAAAGGAUUUUUAAAUAUAUCAUCAAGUGAAAAAAAUAACAACAUAUAUAAUAAUAAUAAUAAUAUUAUUAUUAUUAAUAAUGAUAAUAUAGAAAAAUCAAAAGAUGAUUUAAUGAAGACAUAUAUAAAUGAUAAUAUGAAUAAAAAUGACGAAAAUGAUAAGAUAAAUGAUAAAUUAAGAAUUUAUUCAAAUAAUAAUAUAAAAGAUGUAAAAAUGAUUAAAAAAUGGUUUAAUCUUAUUAGUUAUUUUCAUAACAAAUGUGAAUAUAUAAUAAUAAUAAAAGAAUAUUUAAAUAAAAUAUUUCGACAAAAUAUUGAUGAAUUAAUAGCUAUAAAUUAUUUUUCAAAAACAGUUCAUUAUUUAACAAAUCAAAUAAAUAGUAAAAGUAUUCAUGCUAUCAUAUAUACUUAUGAGAAUAAAUUAGAAUUAAUGAAAUCAUAUGAUUUUAGUUAUAGUUUAAUAAUAUUAUUAAGGUUUUUAAUAUUAAAUCAUAAUUUAUUUAAUAAAAUCAUUGAUUAUGCUAUAGAUGAUCCAUUAAAAAAAUUUGAAGAAUCAAAAUAUUUUAUUCGUUUUAUUAAAAGUAUAGAUACAUAUCCAUUAAUAUAUCCUAAUAAUAUAAUUUAUAAUAAUACAGAACUAUUUCAAAAGAAUAUGAAUGAUUUAUAUAAUUUUACAUUUACAAUAUUUAUAAAAAAAUUAAGUAUGAGAUUAAAUGAUUAUAAUAUAUCGAAUUUAUUAUUUAUAUCUGAAUGUUUAAGUGAAGUUAUAUUUAUACCUAAUACACAAAAUAAUAUAUUACAUAUAUUUAUUAAUAAAUUAAGAUAUCAUAUAAAUAAUUCAAUAGAUAUAUUAUCAGUUGAUAAUUAUAUGUUAGUACGUCUUUUUAAAAUAUCAUCUAUUUUUUCCUUUGUACCAGAAAAGGAAAUAUAUAUAAUAAAAAGUAUUAGAAAUAACAAAGACAAAAAUUUUAUGAAAAGUAAGGAAUUUAUGCAUCAUAUGAAUUCUAAACAAUAUGUAAACACACCAACAUUGGUGAAGGAUUAUAGAAACUAUCUAAGAAAUAAUAGAAGGACUGGUAGACACACCAUAGCAGUUAUGAAUACAAAUUAUGUGAAGAUGGAAAAUAUUUAUAAUUCUAACAAGGAAAAAAAUGAUAUAUAUUUUAUGGAUGACAUACAAAAUGAUGAUUUAAUAUAUGAUAUUAAAGAAGAAAAGGAUAAAUUACAUAAGUAUCAUCAUACAAAUGAGCAGCAAAAUUUUAUUAGUAAUAUAAAUAAUAAUAAUAUAAAUCUAGAAAACAAUAAUGCCAAUGAAAAAUAUGUAAUUUCAAAAAAUAAAGCUCAAAUAUACAUCAAUAAUACAAAAAACAAAAUAAGUGCACUUUUAUGUAGUAAGGCAAAUGAUAUAUAUAAAGAGGAAGAACUGGAUGAACUAAAAAAUGUGAAUAAUAAUAUAUAUUAUAAUAUAAAUAAAUCUUGUGAAAAAAAUGAUAUUUAUUAUAAUGAUAAAGAGAAUGAUAUAGACACUUCAAAAAUAAAUAAAAAUAAAAAAAUUCUUAAACAUACAGAUGAACAUAAUGUUAAGGAACAAAUAAUAUCUAAUGAAUCAAAUAGAAAAAAAAACUUAUCUUUUAAUUUACAAAAUGAUAAAGUUAUAAAUUAUUAUUAUGAAGGAUCAGAACUAUCUGAAGCAUGUGAAGGUAAUAAAUCUCAUAUAAAUUCUUGUGUUACACAAUAUGAUUUGCUACAAGUGAAGGAUGAUAAAAUAUGUGAUUUAACGAAUUAUCUAAUAAAUUAUAAUAUGAAUCAAGAUGUAAAUAAGAAAUAUAAAAAAAAUAAAUUCUUAUUAAAAAAUAUCGUUUUAUUAUUGUGUUCUCAAAUAGAUAAGAAAUUAGAAGAUAUGAUAAACGAAAUGGAAAAUAAGAAAAUAAAUUUUUUCAUCGAAAAAAAAAAUCAAAAUAAAAAAAAAUAUAUUCCUAUGACUAAAGAACAAUUAAUUCAAGAAAUAAAAUAUAUCAAUGAAAUGAAUGAUGAGAAAAAAAAUAUAAAUAAUAAUAAUGAAUAUAUUAAUAUGAAUAAGGAUAAAAAUAAUAAUAUAUCAAAUUAUAAUAAUAAUAAUAAAAUGCAAGAAUUAUAUAAACAUUCUUUAAUAUUUUAUGAUAUCAGUGUUUUAAGUGACAUAGUAAAAUUUAGUCAUUUCUCUAUUAAUACAAAUAAACAUACGUACGAAUUAAUUAAAUGUAUAAAAAAAAGACUGGAAGAAAUAAUGAAUUUUUAUUAUAUAAAAAGUAAUAAACAUGAGGAUGAAAAUAUAUUACAUAUUACAAAAAGAAUAAAUAAUAUAAAUGAUAAUAAAAAGAAAAAUGUUAAUUCGAAUGAUAAUUUAAAAAAUAAUAUAGAUACAAAGGAAGUUACAUAUUAUAAGGGUAAAAAUAUAAAUGAUGAAACACAAAAAAAUAAAAAUAAUACAUGUACUACAUAUAAUAUAUCAAAUAUGUUUAAUAAAAACAACACAAAUAUAGAUAUAAUAAAAUAUAAAGAUAAUACAUAUAAUACAAAUGGUGAUAAUGUCGAUGAUAUAAUGUUACAAAAUAUUACUACAUUCAAAUUAUAUAAUUUUUAUUGUGCAUGUCGAAAUUUUAGUCCCUCAUUUUUAUUUGCGUUCUCAGAUAUUUUAUUAAAACUUACACCCAAAAUAAACGUUAUAGAUACUGAAAAGCAUGUUGAUUUAUUUAAUAAAAAGUAUAUUCAAAAAAUAGAACAUGUAAAAACAUUUGAAAGAAUUCGUAAUAAAAACAUCACCAUUCCUUUUAUAGUUUCUUUAUUACAUUCUUUAAAAAUUAUGAUAUCAUCUAAUUUAUUCUUAACCAAUAAUUUAUUAAAUACGCAUAUAAGUACUAUGGUUCAGUAUGCAUAUUAUGUUUUAUUUUAUUACUAUUACAACAAGUAUAUGAAAAUAUGUCCAACGGACAAAAUAUAUCAUAAAGAAUCAGAGAAGGAAGUAAAGAGUUGUGAGAAAUUAUCAUUACGUGAUAAUAUUACAAAUAUGUUAAGGAAAAAAAAAGAGAAAGAUCAAAAUAAUAUAAACAAUCUGAAUAAUAAAGUACAUUCAAAUGAAGAUUCUUAUAACACUACAAAGUAUAUCGAUAUGAUGGAUAAUAAAAUAAAACUUGAUAAUAAUAAUAAUAUUACAAUGAAAGAGGAGUUUCUAGACAAUAUUAAUGAUAUAGAUAAAAAUAAUGAACACAUAGAAAAGUUAGGUAAAAGUGUGGACCCCUUGAAGUAUAAAAAUGAAUGUCUUAUGUAUGACAGUGAUGAUGAAAAUGGUAAUAAUAAUAAUAAUAUUAAUAAUAAUAAUAAUAAUGUUCAUAAUAAUCACAACAAUUGUGAUAAUAUUUUAAAAAGUCCUAAUGAUGAGGAAGGUUCUGCUAUUUCUAGUAUAAUAAAAUUGAAUAAAAAGAAAAACAAAAGAUUAGUAAUCUUUGAAGAUUUAACACUUGACGACUUGUGUAAUAUAUAUUUGUGUUUAUGUAGCUCUUUAUAUUUUUUAAAUAGAGCAGAAGAGAAAACUAAUGAAAUAAAACAUUUGAUUUAUCUAGAACAUAAGUUUUUAAAAUUAAUUACAAAAAUAAAAUAUAUGAAAUAUUUGUCAGAUAAUUUUAUUUUUUUUUUAUUUAAGGCUCCUUCUACAUCUAAAUUAGAACAAAAAUUAGAUGCUAUUAUUCCUUCUAUAAAAAUUAAAAAUCCAAAAAAGAAAAAAAGUAUAUCAGAUAUUUUUUCUUCAACAACAUAUACACAACAUAUGCACAUUAUGAGUUUGCCUGCAGCAACAGCUUUUUUUUUAUGUAAAAUAAAAUUAUCUAUGUCAUCAAGUGGUAGUAAAGAAUUAAAUAUGUUAAGAAUUGAGAAUACAAAAAAAUUAUUUGAUAUAUUAAUUGAUGAUUAUAAAUUGUUAACAAAUUGUAUUGAAGAGCUUUUUAUAAAUCCUAUUCAAAAUGAAAAUAAAGACAGCACAAAAUUAAUAGACAAAAAAGAAGAAGAUAGUAAUAAAUCAAUGAAUAAUAUUAGAUCAACUAUAUAUAGUAGAAAAGUACGUAGAUAUCCAUAUUUGCCUUAUCUAAUAUCUAAUAAGGUUUCUAUGAAUCAUAAUGUUUAUUUUAAAGCUCUUAUAAGUGACAUGUUUUUUGGUGUUCAUGAAGUAACUACAUUAUAUGGUUUACAAAUAACAUUAUUGAAGACUGUAAAACAUUUAGAAAAUGCUCAAGUUAAUUUGAAUGUUAAUUAUAAGAUAACACAAAUUCAACCUAUUCAUAAUGAUGUACUUAAUUAUUUAUCAGAACUUUCUAAUGUAGUUAAAGAUUGUUUAUAUACAAUAUUUUUGUCACAACCUUAUAUUCAUAAAUCUCCAAAGAAAUAUACAACAAAAAGUUUAGUUAAUUAUUUUAUUAAUAAAUGUAGAUUUGUCAGAGAUUAUAACAUUUUUGAUGAUUCAAAUAAUAAGUCAUUUACUGAUGUGAAAAGUCACAAAUAUAUGACGAGAGAAUUCUAUAAUUAA